UUUUGUCAUGAAAAUAAUCCGAAAUAAGGUAUUAUGAAUUUUAAUUAUUAACACGAUAACACAGUUAUUAGUACACAAAGAAGCCAAAAGCAGCUAUCAUGAACUUUGGCGGGAAAUUACAAUCAUGUGGAUAUGGAAAGGUGAGCACUGAUCAGUCACCUGUUUUUUAUCUCAACAUUUUCAGUUAUCUAUUAUCAUUACUUUUAGGUGAGCACGCAGCGCCAUCUAUAAUAACGGUUUUAACUUUUAAGUUCAUUUUUUUUUAAUUUACCAUUGUGCCCUCGAUUGUGCCAUUCUAUUGUUGCUUUUUCGUUUUUUAAAUUUCAAAUUGUAAGUAAUUCAUUAAAAUUAAAAACAUUUUGUUUUAUAAAUUAUAGUCUAAUUACUAAUUAGUAAUUACCUUUAUAAACGAAAUAACAUUAAGUUAAGUAAUGACGUUGCAAUGUUCCUGUUCUGUGGAAUGGUCAAACGCUCAAGGCGUUGUAUUGAGACGUUUCAAGUCAUUGACGACCAAACUGGUAUUGACUCGCAACGAUUUUCGAGACAUUUUCAUUGAUGUAUCAGCCGACAAAGGUGUAGUACACCGUUUAGCAUUGAAAGACAUAGCAGUACACAAACGUUUUGCCAGUGAUGGCAAAGCAACAAUCCAUUUUAAAACUGAUAAGGUCAUGAUGAUGAUUUCAAAUGCUCCCGUCGCACAAUUGGCGGAAUUUCUAAAGACCCUUUUUGUCAAGGUGACAGGACGUAAGGAAUCGCCUCAGGUUAAAGUCAGGGAUCGACUUUUAGCUGUUAAAAGUAGUUCUACUGAAGAAAUCAGUCCCAUAAAUGUUAAGGAUAUUGGACGUGUUGAUCUCAAAUUAGAAGGUCCAAGUAUGAAAAAAAAAAAAUUGAAUGAUGAAUUGAUGAACCAAAGUGUCAAAAAAAGUUAUUUAGUUAAUUUAAAAGAUAAACUAACUGAUGAACAACGAGAGGUAGUUGAAGCUGUUAAUACCAAUAAUAACAUAUUUUUUACUGGUAGUGCAGGAACAGGUAAAUCUUUUUUAUUACGUUACAUUGUGAAUACCUUACCACCUGAUGUAACAAUGGUGACUGCUAGUACUGGUGCAUCAGCUUGUCUUAUUGGAGGAGUUACGUUACACUCCUUUGCUGGUAUCGGUAUUGGUGAAUGCACUAUUGAACGAGGUAUUGAAAUGGCCUCUAAAUCAUCAGCUGCACAAGUUUGGCGUAAAUGUAAAAUACUUAUUAUUGAUGAAAUAUCAAUGGUAGAUGGGGAAUACUUUGAAAAACUUGACAAAGUAGCAAAAGCUGUUCGCAAACGUGAUGAACCAUUUGGUGGUAUAAAAUUAAUAUUGUGUGGUGAUUUUUUACAAUUACCUCCUGUAAAACAAGGAAAGUCUAGAUUUUGUUUCCAAACUAAAACUUGGGCAGAGUGUCGUUUUCGUUGUUUCAACUUGAAGUUUGUUCAUAGACAGUCAGAUAAUGAGUUUGUAAAAAUGUUAAACAAACUACGCCUAGGAAACAUUGAUCCAGAUACAGCAACAAAAUUAAAAGCCACAUCAUUAAAUUUAUUAGAACAAAAUGGAAUUGUACCUACACGUCUUUGUUGUCGAACAGCUGAUGCUCAAAUGAUAAAUCAAAAAAAAAUAUUUGAUUUACCAGGCAAAGUAUAUAAAUUUGAAGCUUUUGAUAGUGGUCCAACAAAAACGUUAGAUGAUCAUACUCCUGUGGCAAAAUCAUUUGUUCUUAAGUCUGGUGCUCAAGUAAUGUUAUUAAAAAACAUAAGUGUAUCAUCAGGGCUAGUAAAUGGGGCUAGAGGAGUGGUCAAAGAUUUUGAUAAAAAUGGUUCUCCUUGUGUUCAAUUUAAAUGUGGUAAUACAGUUACUAUUAAACCUGAAAAGUGGAUAGUCAAAACUCCUACUGGACAAUUUAUUUCAAGGCAACAAGUACCUUUGAAAUUAGCUUGGGCAUUUUCUAUUCAUAAAUCACAGGGUUUAACAUUGGAUUGUGUUGAAAUAUCUUUAGGAAGAGUGUUUGAAGCAGGACAAGCUUAUGUUGCAUUGUCUAGAGCUAAAAGCUUAUCAUCUUUAAGAAUUUUAGAUUUUGACAAGAAACACGUUUGGGCAAAUCCUGAUGUGAUAGCGUUUUAUAAUAAAUUAGAUAGAAUUGUUGAAUCUGAUAAAAUGUAUAUUUUAGGUAAAAAAAAUGUAUAAAAUAACAAAAUGUUUCGGUUUAUUAAUGUAAUUUAAAGUGAUACAAUGUACAUAUACAUAUACAUUUGACUAUAAUAAAUAAUAAUAGGUAAACUGAAUAGUAAAUAUCAGUUCAUAUUUUAGUAAUUUAUGAAAUGUUAAAGA